UAAUAACUAAAAACGGUCGAGCACAAUAUCUUUUUGCUUCAAAAAUACUUGACUUUUUUGCUAAUAUAUUCGUUAUUAUUCAACCAAUUUUUUCGAAAAUGACAAAGGUAUAAUCUACAAAUCAUGCCCGAUCUAUUGAUACCACAAACAGACCAAUCCGUUCAUUCAUUACAUGUAGGUCUGUAGCCCUGGCUAAAGAAAACGGGCAAAUUUACACACAUUCAAUGGGCAAACUCUGGUUCGUGUAAUAUACCACGGUAGUGACCGCCUCGCUUUUUUUUUUUACUUAGCUUCGCGCUACUAUCGUCACGCUGGAUAAUUAUUCAAUUAUCUAUGGUCACAAUUAGUAACAAAUAAAUGCCGCCAAAACCAAAUUUGAUACUGGUUUUCUCGAUAUCACAAUAUCACAUCAAUAAUACAUCGGUAGUACAAGAUAUGUUAUGUCUAGUUCUUAUUUGAAAUGAUAAAUCCUGAAACAUUUUUACACAGAUUCAUAUAUAAUACACAAUAAUAUUUAGAAUAAAUUAUAUUAUUAUAUUUCAACCUACACUUUAAAAUAUGAUGCAUUGGUGCUAUUCUCAAUAUAAUGAUGAAUGACAAUAGUUCUUUUAAAUUUAUGCUUGAUUUAAAUUUAAAAAUAUUUUAAUUUAAUUUCUUAAAAUACAACGUUCAAUGUCUAGUUAAGUUUUUCUACAUUUCUAUUUAAAAAUGGAUAGUGAUAAUCGACAUAGUAUAAACAGUGAUUUAAGCAGUUGUUUGCAAAGUUUGAGUUCCCGUAAAAUUACAGAAAGAAAGAUAAAAAGACAAGAAAUUCAACAGCUAUUAGAAAGUGAUGAAAUAAUAGCUUUUUUGAAUUAUAACAGUGGUCAACAAAUACAACAUGUUGAUGACAAUAAUUACCAAGUAACAUGGAAAUAUCUUCUUAAUUGCUGCCAUAGAAGUUUAAUUCUUGAUAUUGAAAAAGAAGAUAUUAAAAAGCAAAAAUUAGGUACUGAAUACAAACAACCAAAUUUAGAAAGCAAUUCUACUUUAUUAAAAAUCAUUAUCAAUAAAGCUAACAAAGAGCACCCAUACUUACCUAUUGAUGAUUUUCUUAAGUGUAUUCUUGAUGUAACUCGAAAUGAUACUUUUGAAUUGUUUAUGGGAGAAAUAUAUUAUAAAAUAUUAGAAUAUAAUAUUUUAUCACAGCGUUAUUAUUGGCAUUUGUUAGGUGAGCAUUGGAAUGAUUUUUUUUAUUUGGCCUGCAAAUUAUAUAAGUCUGAUUUUGCAAAUAUGAAGCAUGUUUCAAUAAAAAUCAUGAAACAUGUCGUAGUAAGAGGAUAUGCUCAUUCCUGUGUAGCAUUUGUUAUUAAAAACAAAAUUUUAUUGUACUUAAAUCAAGCAAUUUUGGAUACACUUCAAGUUACAAAUGAGUAUUCUUUAAGAGAAGAUUUGCUUAUUCUUAUACUCAUGGUUUGUAAAUCUGUUGGAGUAGAAAUUCGUAAAUCACUGUGUUAUUUUAUCGAAGAAAAUUGUAUACAUUUAAUAAAUUUAUAUGAAAAAGAUAGACCUAAAAAGGUUCAAGAAAUACUGUAUCAAUUGUUAACUUUUUUUAUACAAAUACAUCAUCCAAAAUGUAUUGGCAUCAAUCAUCCAGUAUCAUAUGCUUUUGAUAAAAAAAUUUGGAUUAACCAAUUAUAUAAAAUAUAUGAGUUUGUUCAUCGUGAAGUACAACAAACCAAAAAUAAUUUAUAUCCAACAUUUUUAAAUUACAUUUCAGAGUUGGCUGUUACUAGUUUUUAUACAGUAUAUUUUAAUAAAUUAAAUACUUUAAACAUGCCUUUGGCUGAAUGUCCGAGGAAAAAAAAAAAGUAUGACAUAGAUUUAUUAUCUUUUAUAGGGGAUCUAACUAAUUUAAAGAAAUCAGAAAUGUGUACCAGGCUUAAUAUAAUUAUAAAAUUACAUGUAAAUUAUCCAUCAAUUCUAAAUGAAGGGGAUUAUAAAUAUAUGUUGCAAUGUAUAAAAAAUUGCUUAAAUUCAUCUUAUGAUACAGAUACAACUAAAUAUUUAAUUAUUUGUUGUAACAUUUUAAUUAAAUCAGAAUAUUUUAAAUUGUUUAUGAUGAAAUGUGAUCAAGUUGCAUCUUUCUACAAGACGGUUUGGAUUUUUAUAUUAAAAAUCAUAAUGUCAAAUGAAAAUGUAGAUGUAUCUCAUGAUUUAUUACAGUCAUUAAUUAUAUUGAAAACAAAUUGGUGUGAUGAAAUGUUUAUUGAUGUAUUAAGACCAUAUUUGAAUAAAACAGUAAAAAUUGAUGAUUACAGUCUGAAAACAUUAAUAGUUUUGUUUAAGACUAAAGGAUUCUGUAGUACAUCCAUAAAUGUAACAAAUAUAUCCUUAUUACUUGAUUGGUUGUUACCAAUAAAUAUACAGAAUGAAUUAUCAGUGCAAACAUUAUUUUCAAAAGUUAAUCCCUAUCUUCUAUCAGAAGUAAUGAUAUUAAUACUAACAAAACCUAGUGGAAACAAAUUAAUUAACAACCCAAAUAGUUUGGAAUUUGAAAAAUCUUGUGAUUUCAUGGACAUUUGUUUUUAUUUAAAACUUCAAGAUAUUCCUAAAGUACAAAUUAAAAACAUUGAAUCUGAUGAAAAUAAAAGAAUUAAACAAACAAUUGAUGAAAGUAUUUUGAAAAGAUUAAUUUAUUUCAUAAAACAAACUAUGCCAAUAAAAAAAAAAUCAAAUAUUGUAAUAUUACAAUUAUUUUAUUCUUUAAUAAAUUUUGUUUGUUUUCUUGAAAAUCAGUUACCUCAGUUUAUUAAUGAAUAUAAUGAAUUCGGAUUAUAUAAAUUUGAAUACAUGGAAAAAGUAAAAAAUAUAGUUUUAGAACUAAAAGAUGAUGUUAAUCAAUUAAAUAAUGAAGAAUUUGUUAAUGUUUGUUCGUUAUUUUAUAAAAGGUUGCAAUUUUUGGAUGAUCAAUUAGUAAAUGUAGUAUUAAACCAUGAAGCAAACAAAAUUACCAUUCUUAAGCUCUAUAACUUAAGUAAAUUAAAUGAUUCAAAUAAUUUAUAUCAAGUGUUAAAUUAUGAAAGUCUCACAAAAAAACAAAAAUUAAGUAUAAAAGCAAUGAAUGUAAUGUUAAAUACUUGCUCAUCAAAAGGUCAAGUUUUGAACUGUCAAACAUCAUUAUUAGAAGUUUUAAUACAAGACCUAAAAAAAUUAGAAGAUACAAUUAGUCAAUCAUACACCUACUUCAAAAUUACCAGUUUUCUCCGUAUAGUUUUGAGCUUGGAUAAUUUAACAUUAGAUAUAAUAAUCCAGAUAAAUAAGUUUAUUAAACAAUUAGCUAAAAAUUGGUGUUAUCAUGAAGAAGGUUUUAUACUAAUAACACAACUUUUGUGUGAUGCACUCAGUAUAAUUACCAAAAAUAAUUCAAAUGAAGUUUGCACUAGUAAUAUGCUUAUGAUAAUUCACUCACUUCAAAAAAUAUCAAAAAGUAAAAAAUGUGGACCUAAAAUGGUUUGUGCUUUUGUUGAAUUACUUGGUCAAUUCUCAUUUGUAAGUUCUUGAUAUAGUUUUCUUAAUUUUACUCUCUUUCAAUAUUAUACAUAAUUUUUUAAAUAAAAUAGACAAAAAAAUGGGAACUUUGGUUAUACAUGGAAUAUUGAUACAAAUAUAGUAGAAUAUAUGAGUCCUGAAAAUAUACUAUCAUAUAUAAAUAGUCAGUUUUUAGAGGUAAGACUCACUGUUAUUAAAUAUAUAAAGGUAAUAUGUGUUGUUUAUGAAAAUAGUCCAAUUAAUAGUCCAUACUCAAUAAACUAUGAGGAUAUGUUCAAUAUUAUAUUACAAAAUAUUCAUGAAGGAUUCAUGAUAAAAGUUUCUGAAACAAAUGAUGAUGAGUGCAACAAUCUAAUAUCUACAUAUUUAUUAACUAUGCAAUCGUUAUUAAUAUCAAGUUCAAAGUAUCGUAAAAAAUGUUUAUUCAAUAUUUUUAAAACAGUUGUUGAGAAAAAUAUUAAUUUAAAUUUAGUUAUAAAUUUAUUAGAAGGUGUGGCAAUCGAAUUAAAAAUAAAAUCCUAUAUAAUAUUAUUAGAAAAUUAUUUAAACUUUUUACUUUGGCAUUGGCAUUUUGAAUAUUCAAAUUUUGAAAAGUUUCCAGUAAAAUUGUUUUCCUGUUUAAAAAUGGAACAAUUUUUAAAAAAAUACCCUUUUGAAAUAAUUCCAAUUUUAGUCAUAAAAAAUGACAUAGAUUUAUUACAUUCAUUGGGUGCUGUGUGUCAAGUAAUUAAAGAAAACUUUUCUAUCAUAUAUGCUUACAUAUUGGCUAUUAAUGUUAGUAAUGUGUCAUAUCUUAAUCAUGAUGAAAUAAAAAAGUCAGUUGAAAUUAAAAUAAACUCGGAAGAGUUUAAUGAACUGAUAAAAUCUCAGUUCUCAGAAAUAUUAUUAAAAUGCAUUCAAAUGAUUGUCAUUAACAAUGAGCAGCCCAUUGUACCGAUUCAAAUUAACAGUAAUCAGUUUCAAAAAAUCAUCAAUAUUUUUCAAGAAACACAUGUAAAAAGUAAAGCUCCACUUUUUACAGUUAUGUCUAAAUUCCAGGCAAGAAAUAUUCAAUCUAUUGUACAUAUAUUAUUUGUAAAUAUUUUCAAAAAACCAACAUCAGAACUAAGGUAUCAAGCGUUAUUCCAGUAUACUUUUUUUAUGAAAGUUCUUAUUGAUCAACUAUCAAAAUAUAGAGAAUCAGAUGAAUUCACUCACUUUCUUGUUUAUCAAUCUGUGCGAUCAACAAUCACUUUAAUAAACCAAAAUAAUUUGGAAAUUCUGAAUCAUGCUUUAGAAUAUUUAGAAUGGUUGAUAACAAAUUUUCAACGGUUUUUAGUAUUAUAUAUUAACCAAGUUCAACCUCUGGUAUCAUCAUCUUUUCGAAUAUUAGCAAAAAAUCAGCCUUCUAUUAAUGAAAAACUAUGUAAAUUAUCAAAUGUUCUAAGAACAUUAAAUAAUCAAAAUAUUCUUCAUGAAAUAAAUAAUGAACAUUUUAGUGUAUUACAAAAAGAAAUUAUAAUUUUUCUCUCUCAACAGAGUGAAAAUACUGAUAUAAUUAAAAUGUUACAACAUAUAAAACUGAAGUUAAAAAGAAAUGAAAAACAACUUCUCUGUAUGUACGAAGAACUUUUAAAAAUACGAGGAUUUUCAGAAGACUGUGCUCAAAGCCCUUUGCAUAGAUUUAUUUGUACACUUAUUCAGCUUACAAAAAGUGAAGAUUUUGAAAUUCAAAUUCUGGCUGCCAGUUGUUUGGGUAUAUUAGGUCCAAAUAAUUUAACUACAUUGAUAUUACAACCAGAACCAGAAGUAUUAAAAUUAGAAUCAAAUAUUUCAGUGAAACGUUCUUUGAUUAAACAUAUAGUUUUAAAGCUAUUAGAUUACUUAAGUGAUAGUAAUAUUUCAGUUAUGGAAGCUAGUUUAACAACCUUAUUCAAAGUCAUGGCAACUAAUGAAGGACAAUCUUUACAUGAAAAUUUAGAUAAAAGUAUCAUAUAUCCAUUUUGCAUAUCACAAGAAGAAGAUGUUGAAAUAUUAUUUGAUAUUAAACAAUUUGAAUUACUAAUUGAUGUAAAAGAAAUGUGGUGUCCAACCGAUUCUUUAAUCACCUAUGGUAAUUGGAUUACAAACAUAACAAAACAAUUAUUAGAAACUCUUCAAGGUUUUUGUAAAAGCUUAUUGCUUGUUGCCGAAAAUAAGUUUGGUUUUUGUGAAUAUAUUUUACCUCAUCUUAUAUAUUAUCUUCUGGUGUGUGAACCACUUACAAGACCAAUAUUAAAUAAACAUUUAAACAGAUUUUUUGUUAAACAUUAUGAAAUUAAUAAAAACAAUUCAUGUAAGAAGAAAAAUUCAAAUAAUUUUCAAGGUAUUGAUUCAAGUGAAAGUAUCAUUUAUUGCGAUAAAUCAGCUAUACAAUGUUUUUUAAAUAUUGUUCAUUUUAUCAGGCUUCAACAAGAAAAUCCUUUACAAAAACUUUUGGAUAUAAAUUACUUAUAUAUAUCCCAAGCUGCUCAAUUUUGCUCUGCACAUUUCACUUCUAUAUUAUAUUUAGAACUUUGGUGUGAAAUGCAAUUUAAGAAAAUUAAGGAGGAUCAUUGGUCAAUGGCAUUUAAUCCUGUUGAUAUGAUUACAGAAUUUUUGCCUAAGGAUGGUGUUUUGUUACAAUUAACUCUUAAUGAAUCUUACAAAAGUAUUGGAGAUUCUGAUGCUAUUGAAGGUUGUGGUUCAAAUUAUUUGCUAACUCUUUCUUCUCGUACACAAUACUAUCAGAGACUUCGAAAAUGGGACCGGGUUAUGGAAACUUGUGAUUUACAGCAAACCACAGAAAUUAUUACCAAAGAUUAUUUAGAAGCAUUUUCCAACUCUGGAUUGCAAAAUGUUGCUCAUAUCAUGGCUUUCAACAAUGAUAAUUUAAAAUAUGACUAUUGUUGGCAAUUAGAUAAGUGGGACUUACCAGACAACGGAAACAAGUCUUUCGAAGCAUUACAUUAUCAUAGUUUACGUUAUACAUUUCAGAAAAAUCUAGAUAGUGCAAUUUCUAUGAUUAAUGAAGCUCGAUUAGUAGUUAUUGAAUCACUUUCCUGUGCUAGUUUAGAAUCAACAGCAACUAUUUAUGCUCCGUUAACUAAACUUAAAAUAAUUGAAGACCUAGAAGAUUUUAUUACUACACCUGAUAAAAAUAUAUUAUUAGAAAAUUGGUUAAAUCAAAAAACCUUAAGAACAAAUGAUUUUAUAAAAACCAAUAAAAUACUUUCUCAACGUUCUAAGUUAUUUGAUUUUAACUCUGAUAAUAGAUCAAGUUUAUUAAGAUUACAAAUUGCUGAAAUAGCUCUAAGAAGUGGUUGGUUACAAGAAGCUGGAAGAAAUUUAGCAAUAGUUGCUUCUAUACAAAAUAAUCAAAAGCAUACUAAUUUAUGGGCAAAGGUAGAAGAAGCUAGACUUUUAUGGCAAAGAAAUGACUGUCAUAUGGCAAGAGUUUCAUUAAAAUGUGUUGUUGAAGAACUUGAUAAGUAUGAAUAUCCAUUCUUACAAUCAUUAGCAUUACAGCUUUAUGGUUCUUGGAUGGAAGAAACAAAAUCUGAAACUGCUAAUGAAAUAAUCAAAAAAUAUUUUCAAAAGUCAAUUAACAUUUUACAAUUGGAAUUAUUGAAUAAUGAUGAGUUUGGAUUGGAUUGUAAAAAAAUAGUAUCAAAUGCUCAUAAACAUUUGUCCCAAUUUACGGAUACAUUAUAUAAACAAUUAUCUAAGUACAUAAAAACAGAAGAUAUUCAAAAACGUAUUCAUGAAGUAAAAGGUGAUAAAAAAAAGGGUAAAGCUUUAGUAGAUUUAGCGAAAUCAACAAAAAACAAUGAUAAAAUGAAAGCUGGUAUGCUUUUGAUGAAUCAAAGUAAUCUUGAUGAAAGUGAUAUAAGUAACAUAAAUAUGGAAAAGAUAAGAUAUUUAAAAAUUGCUCUUCAAAAUUAUCUACAACUAAUGUCAUUGGAUGAUGAAAGUGAACUUUCUAUCUAUAGAGUCAUAUCAUUAUGGCUAGAAAAUAAAGAAAAAAAUGAAAUCAAUUCAAUUGUAGAUAAAGAAUUUAAGAAAAAUCCUUCUCAUAAAUUUAUUACGAUUCUCCCUCAGCUGGUUCCUCAUUUAAAUUCUACUUAUGAAUUUCAUAAAUCUUUGGAAAAUCUUAUAAACCGCUGUGCAAUGGAACAUCCAUAUCAUACUAUUCCUAUUAUUUAUGCUGUUGCAAACUCAAAUAUUGAUCAACAUUUAAUGAUGCCAAAACAAUCUAUUUAUAAAAAAGAAGAAGCUAGGGUUUUAGCUGCAAAACUUUUAAUGUCUAAAUGGAAAAUAAAUACGAAAAUUGGUUCUAUUGUAAUGAAUAUUGAAAAAUUAUAUGAAGCAUUUAUACAUUUAGCUUACAAAAAUAUACCUUGUCUUCAAGGCCAACGAGCUGAAAUUCCCAGUGAAGAACUUUUAAUGAAAAUACAAUACUCUGACUGCUAUAUGUAUCCAACUGCUACAUUACCAUUAAAUAAAUAUGGUUACUAUAAGAAUAUUAUAUGUAUUGAUAGUUUUAAAAAUUCCUUUUUAAAUGCUGGUGGAUUACAUCAACCCAAAAAAAUUGACUGUAUGUGUUCUGAUGGAAUAAUAAGAUCAUUUUUAUUAAAGGGCCAUGAAGAUAUGCGCCAAGAUGCAGUUAUGCAACAAGUAUUUGUAUUAAUGAAUAGAUUAUUUCAGUCAAAUAUAUCAACUGCCAAGAGAAAGUUAACCAUAAGAACCUAUAAUGUAAUCCCAUUUUCUCAACAGAGUGGAAUUGCUGAAUGGUGUGUAAAUACUAUGUCGUUAGGUGAUUACUUAGUGGAUAAAAAUAUAAAACAAGGUGCACAUUACAAAUAUAGACCAAAUGACAUGUUACCAUCAGAAGCUAGACAAAUUAUUAAAUUAUCUCAAGAUAAUGGAGAUAGUCAAUUAAAAAGACAACAAAUUUUUUUAAAAAUUUGUGAACAUUUAAAGCCAAUUUUAAGGUAUUAUUUUUUUGAAAAAUUUUUAUCACCAUCAAUUUGGUUUGAAAGAAGACAAGCGUAUAUUCAUAGUGUUGCUACUACAUCAAUUGUUGGAUACAUCUUAGGUAUUGGUGAUCGUCAUUUACAAAACAUAUUGAUUGAUAACAACACUGCUGAACUCAUUCAUAUUGAUUUUGGUGUUGCAUUUGAACAAGGAUAUCUUUUAAAUACACCGGAAACUGUACCAUUUAGACUCUCAAGAGAUAUUGUAGAUGGUAUGGGUAUCUGUGGCAUAGAAGGAACUUUUCGAAAAUGUUGUGAAAAGACUAUGUCUGUUUUGCGUCAAAAUCAAGAUGUUAUUUUAACAGUUAUUGAAGUUUUAUUAUAUGAUCCAUGUUACCAAUGGACAUUGACUGAAGAAAAAGCAGCUCAACUUCAAAAUCAAUCUACAAUUGAAAACUCUAAUAUUGAUAAUACUACUGAAGUGAACAAAUUAGCUGAAAGAUCGCUAAAUAAAAUCCGGGUUAAAUUGUGUGGCAUGGAAGAGACUGGAACUGUUGCAGCUAGUAUUAAUGGGCAAUGCAAUAGGUUGAUACAACAAGCCAGGGACCCAGCAAAUUUAGCACUUUUAUUUCAUGGAUGGCAAGCAUAUUUGUAGUUUUUAAUAAUUAUGAAAAGGAAAAAAUCACUUAAAUAUUACUACUUGUCUACUUUUGUACUUUAUAUUGGUUGAUUUUUUAGCCUAUGACUUAAGAGUACAUAUCAGCUUUAUUAUUAAUCAAUUAUCUUUGAUAACUAAAUAAUAU